AUGCCAAAAUUUUCGCUUUCAUCAUUGCCCUUGUCUGGCCUAUUUGGCGUGAUCAAGCCUUCUGGCCCAACAUCAAUGCAUAUCAUCAAUGAAAUAAAACCGUUGAUCGCGGGCUCUCGCAUUUUCGUUGAUACUGCUACGCUGGAGAAGAAUAAGAAAAGUAAAGGGAAAGGUGCACGAGGCAGACGUGGAAAGGAUGGAAUUAAGAUUGGACAAGGAGGCACCUUGGAUCCCCUUGCAGAUGGUGUAUUGGUCAUAGGUGUAGGAAAGGGAACGAAAAAACUGAAUGAAUUUCUUGACUGCUCCAAGGAGUAUCGCACCACUUGUCUGCUAGGCUGCGAGACAGAUUCAUAUGAUAGUGAAGGUGCUCGCGUUCGAACUGCCCCAUGGCGUCAUGUCACGAAAGAGAAAGUUGAAAGCGCUUUGGAACAGUUCAGAGGCGAAAUUGAGCAAGCACCUCCGAUAUUCUCAGCGCUGAAAAUGGAUGGUAUGCCGCUCUAUGACUAUGCUCGGAAAGGAAUCCCCCUUCCCCGUCCCAUCGAGAAGCGGAAAGUUACCAUACAUUCCCUCGAGCUCGUCGAAUGGAAAGGCAGCGACCAUGCUUACCGAUGGCCAGAGAAGAAGCUUACCGAAGAGGAGAAGAAUGCACUAGCAAAGUCUCUCUCCGAAGUGGAUGAUAAUGCAGCUAUCGUCGACGAAGCCGAUCCUGACGGCGAGGCUGAUGGCAGCGUUGGGCCCUCUGCUUUUGUGCUAAAAAUGAAGGUCUCUGGCGGGACAUAUGUCCGGUCAAUCGUGCAUGACCUGAGUCAUGCUCUGGGCUCAGCUGGUCAUGUCGUUACGCUCACUCGCUCAAAGCAAAGGAACUACGUUCUGGAGCCAGAGGAAGAGGACGAUCGCAGAUGUGUUUCGUGGGAGGUUUUUGAGAAGGCACUGAAAGACGCAGGCGAGGCAGAUGAAGAGGGGUGGGUAGAAUGGGAGAGGGAAGUCCUCGACAAACUCGUUGUUGUGGAAGCAGAUGGUUCAAAAUCGUAA